GGGAAAGAUGAACAAAUUUGCAAAUUUGCCACGUUGGGAAGAAGACUACUUGCUUAAAGAAAAUGGACAAUUCACUUUGUAUGCAGAGGUACAUGAAAUGGGGUUUAAUUAUAGGAUUUACUAGUGAUUUCGUACCAAAAUUGCUCUAUAAAAUGGAACAUGGUAGCCUAACGGGCUAUGUAAAUGACUCACUGUCAAUAUUUGCAACUAAACAUUACAAAUCAACUUUAAAACCGGACACGUGUAGAUAUGUCGGUUACCGCUAUCCACCGGAUCAUCCACUAGCAUAUGAAUUAACACCGCAAUACUGGUACAUACUAUGUUGGCAAUUCAUAUUUCUCGCAAUAUUCGAGCAUUUCGUAUUUGGUGUAACAAAGUUCAUAUCCUACAUAGUGCCGAAUAUGCCACAAUACAUUAAAGAAAAAGUUCAAGCAGACCAAGAAUUUAUACGCACAUUAAGGGAUCGUACCAUUGAAAAUGAAUAAUAUGUACUACGAUCAAUUAUUAUAAAAAAACUGUUAUACUUGUACAUAAUUACGAUAAAAGAAUUUGAAUAUAACUGCGCAUAACAACUGUAAAUUGGUGAUUUAGCACAAAAUUUCCGCGACUUAUUGAAAAUAUGAGUAAAAGUUUAAUAUGUUUUCAUACAAAUAUAAAUACAAUCUUUUUAUCUACUAUAUCAGGACAAUUUGAGAUUCCAUUACUACAAUAAGUAUUU